AUGGGACUACCAGGGCCAUGGGCCUCAUGUGUCUACCCAGGGUGGCCACCAAAGGCCUACCAGGGCCAAAGGCCCCAUGAGACUACCACGUGGCCCACAAGGGCCCUACCAACGCCGGAGUACCCAUGGGACUACCAGGUGGUCCCCUGGGGCCUCACAGGUCUAGAGGCCCCAUGUAACAACCAGGGGCCCCCAGAGCCCUACCAGGACCAGGGGCUUCCAGGGUCCCUACCUGGGCAAGAGGCCCCAUGGGUCUACCAUGGGCAACCAGGGAUCCUAUCGCGGCCAGGGGGCCCAAGGGACUACCAGGGGGCCCCAGGGGCCUACCAGGGGCCACGGGCCCCAUAUGACUUCAAAGGGCCUCAAGGGGCCCUCCUUGGGCCAGAGGUGCCAUGUGACUACCAUGGGGCCCUAGGAGCCCCAUCGGAUCCAGGGGACCCAUGGGACUACCAGGGCCAGGAACUCCAUGAAACUACCAGGGACUUACUAGGGCCAAGAGCCCCGUGGGACUACCAGAGCGCUCCAGGGACCCCCAGGAGUCUACAAGGGCCAAGGACCCCAUGUGACUACCAAGGUGCCCCCAUGGGCCCUACCAGGGCCAGGAGCCCCUGGGAAUACCAGGGGCCCCCCAGACGACUACCAUGCGACCUUAGGAACCUACCAGGGCCAAGGGUCCCAUGCGACUUCCUGGCCCAGGGGCCCCAUGGGAAUAAAAUGUACCCCCUGGGCCUACCAGGGCCAGAGGCCAUAUGGGACUACCAGGAAGCUGAUGCCAUGAUGAGUACCUUGCCCUCACCCUUUUUGGGUACAUUCCCCCUGAUCCAUUUUGUAAGUCUGAACCCACCUUUCUUCAUCAACUGCCUAAGUCGGUGA